AUGGAAAUGCAGAGCUUCGAAAAGCAGCCGCAGCUGCACAAAAACGAAAUCAAGGUGAUGGAGGAGGGCGAAUCUAGUUCGCUCGCAGACGGGGUUCUGGAGCAGCAGUCGCAGAUCGACACGGCGUCGUCGCAGGAGCGCGGGAUCCAGAGAGCGCUCAAGCCGCGGCACGUGUCGAUGAUCGCGCUGGGAGGCACGAUUGGCACGGGUCUCUUCGUGGGUAUCGCCAACCCGCUGCGCGACGCGGGCCCCGUGGGGUCGCUGAUCUCGUACCUGUUCAUGGGGUCGCUGGCGUUCUUCGUGACGCAGUCGCUGGGAGAAAUGGCCACGUUCAUCCCCGUGGCGUCGUCGUUCACGGUGUUCACGCGGCGGUUUCUGUCGCCCGCGCUGGGCGCGGCCAACGGGUACAUGUACUGUUUCUCGUGGUGCAUAACGUUCGCGCUGGAACUGUCGAUCGUGGGCGAAAUCAUCCAGUACUGGACGCUGGGCGUGCCCAACGCGGCGUGGAUCAUUAUCUUCUGGGUGCCCAUCUCGCUGUCCAACCUGGUGUCGGUCAAGUUCUACGGUGAGUUCCAGUUCUGGAUCGCGCUGAUCAAGGUGAUCGCGAUCGUGGGGUUCCUGAUCUACUGCCUGUGCAUGGUGUGCGGCGCGGGCAAGACCGGGCCUGUCGGGUUCCGCUACUGGCGCAAUCCGGGGCCCUGGGGUGACGGUAUCAUCUCCAAGAGCAAGUCCGAGGGUCGCUUCCUGGGCUGGGUCUCCUCGCUGGUCAACGCCGCGUUCACGUACCAGGGUACCGAGCUGGUCGGCGUGAGUGCCGGCGAGUCCGCCAACCCGCGCAAGACCGUGCCCAAGGCCAUCCGCAAGGUGUUCCUGCGUAUCCUGCUGUUCUACGUGGGCUCGCUGUUUUUCAUCGGCCUGCUCGUGCCCUUCAACGACCCCAAGCUCGACUCCACCGCCAACUAUUCCGCCAGCUCGCCCUUCAUCAUUGCCAUCCAGAACUCCGGCACCCGCGCGCUGCCCGACAUCUUCAACGCCGUGAUCCUCACAACCAUCAUCUCCGCGGCCAACUCCAACGUCUACGUGGGCUCCCGUGUGCUCUACGGCCUGGCCAAGGAGGGCCUGGCCCCCAAGAUCAUCGGCAGGAUCAACCGCCACGGUGUGCCUUACAUCUGCGUCGGCAUCGUCUCCUUAUUCGGCUUCCUGGGCUACCUGAGUGUCUCCAGCGGCUCGGCUAAGGCCUUCGACUGGCUGCUGAACAUCACCGCCAUCGCGGGUUUCUUCGCCUGGCUCUUCAUCUCCCUGUGCCACAUCCGCUUCAUGCAGGCUCUGAAGUACCAGGGCAUCUCCCGUGACGACCUGCCCUUCAAGGCCAAGCUCAUGCCUUGGGGUGCCUACUACGCGGCCUUUUUCAUCCUCCUGAUCAUCAUUAUCCAGGGUUUCACCGCCUUCGCGCCCAAAUUUAACGUCUCCAACUUCUUCGCCGCCUACGUCAGUGUGUUCCUGUUUAUUGCCGUCUGGGUUAUUUUCCAGGUGAUUUUCAAAAGUAGACUAAUACACAAGGUCGAGGACGUGGACAUCGACAGCGACAGACGUGAAAUCGAGGCCGAGGUGUGGGAGGACGACGAGCCCACCAACCUGUGGGGCAAGUUUUGGGCCGCGAUGGCUUGA